AUGGCAAAAGAAGAUGGAGGAGAGGAAGAUCUGGUGGAGACGACAACAGCGAGCAUGUCCGAGCUCUGGUGUGGAGAGGACGGUGACGACGGCGAGCAGGUCCAAGCCGAGGAAGAAGACGCGGCGGCAUGUGGAGGUAACAAAAUUUAUAGAUUUUGCUCCCUUGAAACUUGUCUGUAUAUGUCAGAUACUUCUUCGAGUAAACCGAACCGGAAAACCAGCUUCCGAGACCGGUGCCUGUUGAUGGCUAAGCAACAACGAACUCGCCUCUACAUCCUCCAACGCUGUGUUUCCAUGCUCCUUUGCUGGCAUGACCACUCUAUUUCCGACCAGCUGGUUCUAUGGUUUUCUGACUCAAUCAAAGUCGUAAUAAUCAACCAGCCAACCCAGAAUUAGAAAAUCUAAUUUUAGAGGAAGCAAGUAGAAUGUGAUGUGAUUUUAGGACUUUAGUUUAAUGUUUUACAGUUUUACUUUUGGAUUUGUAGAGUGCUUGUCUUUUCCGAGAAUCUUUGUAACAUGAAAAAAGAUUCCAUGUAUUGGUAUUUGGGCUUCUAUACAUACUGUGAAUAACAUGUGA